AUGGGGAGGAGUUCUGGAGAAAAAGUAGAUGCUGGAGGAAGUUUCGGAUGGUCCCAACAGUCCCCAGUAAUGCUUCCACCUUCAUCAAACCAAGACCCCUGGGAUGAACCACCUCAAAACCUAGUGGGCUACAUUCCAAGGGUUGUCAGACCUGCUUCUCCAGGAAUUCCUUUGACAUAUUCUUAUGGAGGAGCAGCACCCAUGAGCGGGGUUGUGUACUCCAAGGAUGCCCAAAAAUUUAGGCACGAAGGAGCUGAUGACGAUGAAUUCGACGAUAAUGCAGCUGCUGACAACUAUGGACUUUUGGAAAGAUCAGCUUCAGAAAAG